AGCGCGGGAGGAUUACUUUUUUUGAAUCGUAAACAGGCCUGGGCUCUGCACUGAAGGGCUAGUCUUUUCACUGAAAGACCGAGCCCUAGGUAAAUCAAUCAAAAACCUAGCCUGGCAAGCUCUAAUUUCAUAUUUUAUUAAAAUGAAAAUUUGUUCAAUAGUUUAAUAGUUUAAGGAAUUGGGUUUUGAGUUCUAGAAAGUGGAAAAAGAAAAGUUGAAAUGGGCGAUUCAUUUCCCCUUUUCAACGAUUGUGAUCCUGCUGUGUUAUCAACUCUUAAGCAGUACCUCUCUCAGCCAAACAACAACGACGAAGACAAUGGCGACGGCUAUGCUACCUUUUGUUUUCAUUACAAAGGCGCUAUUCUUCGCUCGAUUGAACAGCGGACAGGGAAUUCCACUGUUCCGGACGCGGUUCUCGAUUCGUUAAUUUUAAUUGAAAAUCUCGACCGCCGACGCGGUUUUCUCCCUUCCGAAUCCAUGAAGGCAGCCUUUUGUGCCGUCGCCGUACACUGUACGGUCAGUUGUUUGCCGGUCUCAUGGGACAACUACUUCGAUGCUUUUCAGAGGAUUUGGGGAUUACGGAUUAAGAGCUUAGAGGAGUCAGGUAAGUCGGACCUUAUUUCUUCCGAGUUAGUCCAAUGGGGAACGGUAAUCGAAGCGGGCUUAUGGGAUUUAGAGACCUCUCAGAGGUUGUCGAGUGUCAAUACACGCGGUAAAGCGCUGCUACGUAUUAAAGGUUAUUUGGAGGAGGCCUUCCGUUCUAUGAAUCCUGCCUUGAGUCAGUUGGCUUCCGCUUCUACUACUGAGCCUACAGUGGAUCAUGUUGCCUCUGCGAAUCCUCAUCCUAGCACUGACGAAGGAAACAUGGAUAAUGUUGUAUCAGCUUCUGCUCAAGUCCCCUCGAGUCCUCAUCCUUGCAUUGACGAAAGGAACAUGGAUAAUGUUGUCUAUUCUUCUGCUCAAGUCCCUUCGAGUCCUCAUCCUUGCUCUGAUGAAGGGAAUAUUUCCCCAAGCCCUCACCCUUGCGCUGACAAAGGGAACGUGGAUAAUGUUACCUCUGCUGCUGCUCAAGUCCCCUCAAGUCCUCAUCCUUGCACUAACAAAAAGAACAAGAUUCGAAGGGCUAGUUUCCAAGCUAGACAUAAGCCUCGUCCUCGCUGCAAGCAACGUAGAGGUGUUGUCAUUACUGACAUGGAGGAGGACCAGCCUCUUUGUAUCAAAAAUGGCACCCCAUCAUCUUUUGAAGUUAAUGGAUGCUUGCAAGUUUCAAGUAAAACCAGGUCUGCUGCAUUGCUAGAUGGAGUAACUGAUUCCCCCUUUGAAGCCUUAGAAGUGGUUGAAACGGUUGCCUCAGUCAUGGCCGGUAAAAAUUUCUGCCCUAAAGGCAGUAUGGAGGACUCCAACAAGGACAAGGGUGAUCCUACCGCAUCUUUUUAUCCAACUACUCAUCAUUGCACCGACAAAGGAAAACAGAUUCAGAUGGUUAAUUCUCAAACAAGUGGCAACCCUAAUUCUUCCCAUAGGCAUUGUGAGGAACCUGCUGCCAUUGCUGAUACAGAGGAGGACCGGGUCCUAUCAACUCCUAAUAUUGACAAAUUGCGAGACGCACUGACAUCAAGUGUUGUUGAUUUGACAGCUUCUGUUACUGAUCCCCUCCCUAAAGCCUUAGAAGUUGCUGAGAGAUUAGUAUCUUUCAUGGAAGCAGCUAAAAGUUUAAGUGCAGAAGGUGCUGAAGGGGAUGUAAGGAAGGAAAAGGGUGUUCCUGCAGCACCUAUGAAUUGUAAUUUUGAACGGGCUCAAGCUGAGAGGAGGGAACCUGACAAGGCCAUCAGAGAAGACCAGGACAAGAUGAACAGGAGUGUUCCUGCUGAUUUGACAGCUACUGUUGCUGAUUCCCUCCCUAAAGCCUUAGAAGUUGCUGAGAGAUUAGUAUCUUUCAUGGCAGCAGCUAAAAGUUUAAGUACUGAAGGUGCUGAAGGGGAUGUAAGGAAGGAAAAGGGUGUUCCUGCAGCACCUAUGAAUUGUAAUUUUGAACAGGCUCAAGCUGAGAGGAGGGCACCUGACAAGGCCAUCAGAGAAGACCAGGACAAGAUGGGCAGGAGUGUUCCUGCUUCGUCUGUUGGUCAUAGUGUGCAACCCUCUCAAGCUACGGAGGGGAAUGAAACUUUCAUUAGACCCAAGAAAGUGCCCAAGCGCAACUUAAUGAAGAGGAAUGAUGCUGCUCACACUCAUGAGGGGAGGGCACCUUAUGAGGGCAUUAGAGAAGACUACAACAAGGUGGACGGGAGUGUUCCUGCUCCAUCUGUCAAUCAUAUUGCGGAACCUUCUCAUGCUAAGGAGGGAAAUGAAGCUGUCAUUCGACCCAAGAAAGUUCGUAAGCGCAGCAUAAUGGAGAGGAAUGACACUGCUCACACUUCUGAGUGGGAGGAUUCAAUUGAUGGCUCUGAUGGAGGGACAAGUGGUUGUUCGAACAGAUGUACUUUACCAAGCCCUAAAACGAAUCAUGUGUCUCCACUGAAGGAAAGUGAACCCCAAAAGCAGAAAAACAGAAGGAAAACUAACUGGUGGACACUUGAGGAAGAACAGGCAUUGAUCAAGGGCUAUCGAGUUUAUGGACCCCAAUGGAAACUCAUUCGCGAAUCCUACUGGGACAUAUUGAAAAAGAGAACUCAGGUUGAUCUCAAAGACAAAUGGAGAAACUUGAGCAAAUGAUAUGCCUCUUAUCAUAGGUGGUAUGUUCCUUUUUGGUCUUAUAACAAGUGUACAUGCUUACCACUGGCGCUAGAUUUAGCUAAACUUGUGAAAUGGCCCUAUUUUGUGAAGUGAAAGAGGGUGUAGUUGUGACUUUUGAGCAGUGGUUUUUUUGGAAAGUGUAUAGCAAAUAGGAAUGGGAUACCGUAUAUAAUGACUUCCAGUUCCUAUAUAUACUGAAGUAGCUUUAGCUUUUGUAGUGUUGCAAUGGGAUGGGGAAUACUACUGGUGAAUGAUUGUAAUAGUAAUGUCUAUAGUGAUGGCUUCCUGUUCCUGUAUCUACUGAGGUAGCUUAACUUUAGCUUUUGUAGUAUGGUAAAUGGGAAUGGGGAUAUACUACUGGUGAUGAUGAUGGAAAUGCAAUAUUUUGUUGGAAGAAAA